ACUAAGUAUCUUUCUAUGAACUGUCCGCCAGAACUGAUUAUUAAAUAUAAUAUAAAAUAAAUUUCAAAUUUGUAAUGACGAAAGUUGCAGUGUUAGGUGCCGGUGUUAACGGUUUGUCUUGUGCUGUGAGAAUAAAAGAACAAUAUCCCUUUAUUGAUGUAGUCGUCAUAGCAAAAGAUUUCAGUCCUAAUACAACUGGCGAUGGAUCUGGAGGCUUGUGGAAUCCAUAUCUCUGUGGAAAUACAUCACAACAACUUUUGGGCAAAUGGGGUGGUGAGACCUACAAGUAUUUGCAUAACCUAUGGCUGAAUGAAGGUUGCGAUAUAUCCCUCGUGCCAAUGUAUGAACUACACAGGAUAAAAAAAGAUCUCUCUAUACACGAUUGGGCUAAUUCUGUAUUUGGCUACAGGAUAUUAGAUAAAGUACACCUGGAUUACUUGAACGGAUUAUCAUCUGUAAAAUACGCAGUUGGUCGGACCUUUACCUCUUUUGUAGUAUAUCCUCCAACACUUUUGAAGAAGAUGUACCAACAAUUCAAAAAUGCUAAUGGUAUUACGAUACAAUCUAACAUAAACUCUUUGAGAGAUGUAAAACUAGAUGAUUAUGAUGUCAUCAUUAACUGUAUGGGUCUUGGAGCAAGGGAAGCGGUUCCAGAUCCUAAAAUGAUGCCAAUCAGAGGACAGAUAGCUCGAGUUUCAGCGUCUUGGAUUAACCAAGCAGUCGUAGAGGAAGAUACUGCUUAUUAUAUUAUACCAAAUACACAUACCUGCGUGUUAGGCGGCACUAACCAAAAGAAUAAUUUUAGUACAGAGGUAGACGAUGAUGACAAGGAUUUCAUCUUAAAUGGAUGCAUGGAAAUAAUGCCGGAAAUCAAACACGCAAAACUCAUUACACACUGGGUUGGUUUACGUCCGGGAAGAGAUGAAAUAAGACUCGAGUCAGAAGAAAUUGAUGGUAAAUUCUACAUUCACAACUAUGGACAUGGUGGAAGCGGGUUUACAUUGUUUUGGGGCUGUUCGUAUGACGUUCUCAAAAUAUUUGACGAUUAUAUGAAAACGAAAACGCAGAAAGAAAAAUCGAAGCUAUAAUUACAUUAUAUAUUAACAUAUAAAAUAUAUUUUAAUAAAUAUAACACAGUAACCAACGAGUAAAUUAA